CAAUUCACAGUAUUUUGAAAACAAUGUAGAAAACCUAUAAAAAAAUCUGUGUUGUAAACUUUGGACUUGAACUUAAAAAGAUAAUUAUUUGUAGUUUAGAUCUUACGAAUCUUAUUAUUUACUAAUCAAAGUUACUUCUAGAUAUUAUACAUCCAGGUCUAACGUCUGCUAUGUCCCAACGAGCUAGAGUUAUAGAACUUUAUAAGACGCUUCUUUAUUUAGGAAGAGACUGGCCAAAUGGUUUUGACUUUUUCCGUAAAAGGCUACAUGGUGCAUUUAUGAAAAAUAAAGACGAGAAAGAUCCGGAGAAAAUUGAAAAACUGAUAGCACAUGCCCAGUACAUAGUUAAGGAAGUAGAAACGCUCUAUAUGCUUAAAAAGUACAGAACUCUCAAGAGACGCUACUACAGGGAUGGAUAAAUGACACUUUAUGGCAUUUAGUUAUAAGCGUUAUAUAUGUUUUCAGAUACUUUAAUUGUAUGUUGAAUUAUGUUAUAGUUUUAUUUCUAAAUAAUUAAAUGAA